GGUACGAGAGUCUGGAGGAGAACUACGUGCAGGACAGUAAGAUGGGUUUCGUGAUCAAUGCGAUCUACGCCAUGGCCCACGGUCUGCACGACAUGCAGGCGCUGCUGUGCGCGGGGGGGGGGCUCUGCGACAACAUGAAGCCCGUGGACGGCAGCCAUCUUCUGGACUUCCUGCUGAAGACCUCGUUCACCGGGGUCUCCGGGGAGGACAUCUGGUUCGACGAGAACGGAGACUCUCCAGGGAGGUAUGAGAUCAUGAACUUCCAGCAGGUGGAGUCGGGCGACUUCGACUACAUAAACGUCGGUUCGUGGCACGAAGGAAUCCUGAAGCUAGACGAAGAUCUGAUGAUGAUGAACAAGAGCAACGUCGUGAGAUCAGUGUGUAGUGAGCCCUGCAGCAGAGGGCAGAUCAAG